UAAUUUUAGUUGUAUCGUAUUCUAGUCGGAUAUCGAACUGACUACAUUACAGUACAGUACCUAACUUCCCAAGGCUUGGUCGUCUAACCUAUCUCACGUGACGUACUACAAACAAUCACGUGACAUUUAGCAAGCAUUCAAUGAGUUACACGACAGUUAAAAUCAACAUGAAUAAACCGACAAUACCCCAUGUUGAACCUAACCUUUCAUUUUCUAUCUUUGUAAAUUUUAGAGAGAAUUAAUACAACAGAUUUACCGUAGUCACCAUCUUUUUAUCGCCCGUCAUCAUAGAUAGUUUCCACGGCUACAGAUAGUUUCUACAGUUAAUUUCCACGACUGAGAUUGUUUAGAUCUGGUAGUGAUGGGGAAACUGUCCCCCUUGUUUGUCUUGCUGGUUGUUAUCUUAGUGUGCGAUGCGCGCAGAAGAGGAAAACAGCACCAAGAGGAGGAGGAGCACAAUGUUUGCGAGGAGAAAGUUGUGCACAAAACCGAGUUUAAGUUCUACAAAUUCUGCAUCGCCUUCGGCUUCAAAUCGAAGAUAGGCUGCGUCCAUCAUCCCGCUAAGAAGAUGAAGAGAAUGCAUCAGAAGAGCGAGGAAAAGUGCACCAAAUAUGAAGAGAAACUUCUAGAAUGCAAUUACAAAUGUCCAGUCGACGGAGGCUGGAGCGAGUUCCACAACUGGUCCAAGUGCAGCGCUAAGUGUGGGGGUGGAACACAACACAGGAACAGGACCUGUACCAAACCUGCUCCUAAGAACGACGGGCUUGAGUGUGUGGGGAGUGCGGAGGAGUGGCAGGAUUGCAACUUGGAGCCUUGUGCGGUGAACGGAGGGUGGGGUGACUGGACGGAGUGGUCCCACUGCAGCGAGUUAUGUGGAGGUGGGAACCAGACCAAGACCCGGAGGUGUAACAACCCACCACCCAGUUCGGGGGGUCUUCCUUGUGACGGCAUUAUCUCCACUACUCGGGAGUGUGACAUUCAGCCAUGUCCCAUUAACGGAGGGUUCAGCGAGUGGGCGGAGUGGAGCAAGUGUACCGCUAAAUGUGGGGGAGGAAUACACUCGAGAAAGAGGAAGUGUAACAAUCCGGUCCCGCAGUACGGGGGAGUGGAGUGCACCGGACUGGGAACAGAGACGGAGACCUGCAACACUCAGGGAUGCCCAAUUGACGGUCAAUGGGGUAAGUUUGGAGGCUGGUCGAUGUGUUCAGUCAAUUGUGGGGGCGGCAUCCAAAACAGAACGAGAGUAUGCGACAACCCAUCCCCGGAGAACGGAGGGAAGGAGUGUGAGGGGGAGGACCUGGUGGGUCAACCCUGCAACCUCGACCCUUGUCCAAUUAACGGAGGAUGGGGUUCAUUCGGUAACUGGAGUAAGUGCAGUGCGGAGUGCGGAGGAGGAGUGCAGACUCGGAACAGGCAGUGUAACACUCCCAAACCCCAGUACGGUGGAGUGGAUUGUGAGGGGGAUGCUAUCAAGGUGGCAGAGUGUAAUGUUCAACAUUGUCCCAUUGACGGAGGCUGGGGCAAGUGGGGUGAUUGGGCAAAGUGCUCGAAGAAUUGCGGAGGAGGAACACAAACGAUGACAAAGCUGUGUGAUAAUCCUCACCCCCAGUACGGUGGAGCCCACUGCGAAGGGGAUGACACUAAGAGCAGGGUCUGCAAUGAACAGCCUUGUCCUGUCGAUGGAGGUUGGAGCGACUACGGACCUUGGUCUAACUGUACCGAGUCCUGUGGAGGAGGGAAGCAGAACAGAAACAGGACCUGUAACAACCCCGUCCCCAAGCACGGGGGUAAGGAGUGUGCUGAUAGUGACGUUGAUGAAAGGAAGUGUAGCACACAACCCUGUCCAAUUGACGGUAACUGGAGCCUGUACGGAGAGUGGGGCCACUGUUCAGUACCCUGCGGUUCUGGCAACAGGACCCGAAACAGAACCUGCAGCAACCCGGAACCUCAGUUUGGGGGCGCAAACUGUACCGGAGCAUUUGAGAGGAUCCAGGAGUGCAACACAUUUGCUUGUGGACAGUUUGAGAUAAUAGGAAGCGACGGGAAGCCUACAUUUGAUCAGUUGGAGGGGGUUUUGUUAUUUGAAGGAGGCACAGUUUGUGCUGAUGGGUUUACUAAUUUGGCUGCUGAUGCUGUCUGCAGACACAUGGGGCAUCACGCGGCUAUUUCGUGGAGGAGUGGCAUUCUUUUCAGCGAUUACCAGAAGUCGGUAGAAACUAUAAAGUUGGAUGAUAUUGAAUGUAACUCCAACGAUUGGUUGGAAUGCACUUCCAUCAGAAACCCAUCUCACUGCACCCACGAGAAAGAUGUCCUCAUCGCUUGCGAGCUAGCACUGCCACGGAACGGGGACUACACAGAAUGGUCGGAGUGGUCGGAGUGCUCGGAACAAUACUGUGGAGGAGGUGUACAGGAUAGGUCCCGGAACUGUAGUAACCCUUCUCCCCGGUAUGGCGGUCACGAUUGCAAGGGUAAUGACACCGAGGCUAGGGAGUGUAAUAGUGAUAUCUGCGGAUAUUUCGAGACAGUGAACGCUAAGGGAAACAAAAUAUACUCCCAAGAAGAGGGUGUGCUGCUGUACGAGGGGGGAACCGUGUGUUCAGAUGGGUUCGAUAAUCACACUGCUAACGCCAUCUGCAGGGAGAUGGGACACCACACAGCUAUUUCCUUCAGAGGAGGAAUCCUCUACGGGGACCUCCAAAGACAGAGAUUGAUAAAACUAGACGAUCUGAGCUGUAAGAACGAUGACUGGACUACUUGUACUUCUGAGAGAGCCCAUGAUUGCACUCAUGAACAGGAUGUUGUAUUGGCUUGUGAACUAGCAUUACCCCGCGACGGCCACUGGAGCGAAUACGGGAAAUGGACGAGAUGUACAGCGCAGUGUGGAGGUGGGACCAGAAACAGGACCAGGUCGUGUAACCGGCCCUCUCCGCGAUAUGGGGGCGCUAACUGCGAGGGUAACGCUACAGAAGUAGGGGAGUGCAAUGCUUUCCAGUGCAAAGAAUUCAGACUAGUAGACGAGUUCGGAGAGACUAAAACAGAUGACCAGUUGGGACUUAUCCUUUACGAAGACGGGACGGUUUGUGAUGACCAGUUCAACAACCACAGUGCUAACGCUAUCUGUAAAGAGUUGGGAUACCAGAAGUCAGUAGAGUGGAGUAGUGGAAUACUGUACGAUGAUCUACAGUACAGCAAGAAGAUCAAGUUAGACGACGUCAACUGUACCUCAAAUGCGUGGAGUUCUUGUAAUUCCAGUACCAUACACAACUGUGAUCAUACUGAGGACGUGCUCCUUGCUUGUGAGACAGCAAUUAAACGUGACGGAGGUUGGACCCCGUACGGGAAGUGGUCAGUAUGCAGUGCAGGAUGUGAUGGAGGUAACCAGACCCGGGCCCGGACCUGUACUAAUCCGGCACCCAAAUACGGAGGAGCAGAAUGCGUGGGGGAUAAGAAGCAGAGCAGGGCAUGUAACACUUUCAAGUGUAACGAGUUCUACUUGGUGGACAGCACCGGUACCGUGAUAGAAGACGACCAAGAAGGACUGCUGAUGUUUGAAGGGGGUACCGUUUGUAACGACAAGUGGAGUAACAACUCAGCAAAUGCUGUUUGUAGGAACAUAGGACGACACGCUGCACUUUCUUACAGAAACGGUACAAUUUUCAAGGAUCUACAAAUGAAAUUGAAGAUAAAAGUGGAUAGCGUGAAGUGUAGUGGUAAUACGUGGUCCACGUGCAAUGUUACUCGAGAACACAACUGUGACCAUAGUGAGGAUGUAUUCUUAGCUUGUCACUCAGUUGACGGCGGCUGGGGCGUCUUUGGUAACUGGAGCGAUUGUUCCGCGGAGUGUGGAGGAGGAAACCAGACCAAAACCAGGGAAUGCGACACUCCUGCCCCGAAAUUCGGGGGAGCAGAAUGCCAGGGUAACUCCACCAAGACCAAGGCAUGCAACACUCAAGAGUGCGGAUGUGUGAAGGAGAACUACGAGUAUCUGGGUGCUGAUAUUAAGUCAGUCCCGGAUGUUAACACUAUUCAGGAUUGUUUAGAGAUUUGUGCAGCAGAAGCGGGCUGCGUGGCCGUGUCUCAAGAGAUAGCAACAAAAGUGUGCGGUUUGAAGAGUAAGAGGUUCGGAGAGACACAAGGAGUGAAGGAUGGGGUGAGCAGCAGCAAUAUUAGGUGUGGAGAUUAGAGGCGAUGCACAUCGGUGGAAAGGACGACAUCCAAUACUCAUGGACAAUGGAUCAAACUUAGUAACCACCAACUUUCUUAAACAAACACUGAAACCAUCUAACAAUAUAUUGCUGACCUUGGAGUAAUGUUUAUAGUGCAUGUGAGCUCCAUAUUUUAUUUCAA